AUGGAUGUGAAUGCUCUAAGAAGGUGGGUGGUGAUACCAUCAAUCGGAGGAAAACGAAGAAGGAGACGGGUCUCGUUUUAUCCAGCGACUUAUGUGUGGAACCAACUAUGCCCACAACCUUUGUUUGUUAAAUAUCCUGCUUUAUUCAAGGAAGAAAGAUUUAAGGACUGUUUGGUGAAAGAUCGCGUGUCUGUGGAUGAUUCUGGGCUUCGUUUCUCUUGGGCCUGGGCCCGGUCGGAUAUUGAUGUAAACAGUAACACCGAAUUGAGUCAGUUGACUGAUUCGCUUAGUGGUUUAUGUUUGGGUUUGGGCAAGGAUAGAUGGAUAUGGAAGUAUGCAACCGACGGUGUAUUUAAUGUGGCUGGGAUCAAAAAAGUAUUAAGCUCCGCUAAUCGAGAAAGUCCCGAACGAGUGUUCAAGUGGAACAAUUGGAUACCAGAGAAAGUUGCUAUAGUGGCUUGGAGGGCAGACAUGGAAAGGUUACCGACCAAAUGCGCGUUGUCUAGGAGGAAUAUACCGGUUCAAAAUAAUAUGUGUGCCCUUUGUGGUGAUUAUGCAGAAACUAGCGAGCACAUCUUCGUAGCCUGUCAAUUCGCCCAGACAGUUUGGCAGAAUUUAGCGGCUUGGUGUAACGUACCGCCCAUUAUCGCGUUUGAUCUGAAUGACCUACUAACAUUACAUGAAGUUACCUCCGGAACAUCGAAAAGGAGGAAGGUGCUGCACGCUGUGAUCCUGGUAGCAAUAUGGAGUCUUUGGAAGCUAAGGAACGAAGUAGUUUUCAGAAAUAUGAUCCCUAACACAACGAAGACCUUGGAUGAGAUUAAAGCGAUGGCUUACCUUUGGAUUAAGAGUCGUUCAAAGAUGAUGUCGAUGACGUGGGAUGAUUGGUGUCGUUUUGAAAUCUUUGAUUAG